AUGCUUUUUGAUGCCUCGCAUCAAGCCUCGACCCGACCAAGGCAUGUGGAAUCGUCACCAUACACACAGCAGCAGAAAGUACUGCCAAGUCACUGGGCUCAAUCGGGGAAGCACUGCUUGCUUGGAGACACACCACAUCGAAACUCAAGGGCUGCUACGCUCAAUCCCUUCUUUAAUGAGAGUGCUCACUGGAGCUUCGAGGACUCAGCACACUGGACGAAACACAAUAACCUGAAGCACCGAACGCGCGAUACGUCAUGGCCUUCCAAUACCUCCGUCUCCCCCCUCGAAAGCACCAUCCCGCUUCCCCAACAAUCCCUCCCCAGCGCUCUACCGACACCUCAAUAUAAGCCUUAUGUUAUUCUUAAGUCAUGA